GAGGGGUCGCUCUUUGCGCACUGCCCUUUAAGAUGCGUAAUUUCACCAUAAUUUCACCACUAAUAGAAAGUCAGUGCGGCGCGAGCAUUUUGCGUCGGCCGAAAACGUGACGAAGAAGCGGGGGAGAGGAUCCGCCGUGGGAGACGGAAAGAGGAAACCCUAUGCCUUUAAGAGCAAGUGGAACACAUAGCGGUGCGAGAAAAGGAGAGGAGGGGGAGAAGAAAGCGGAAUUAAAAAAGAAAAAGGAAGAAAGAGACAGGGAGGGAGGAGGGAGAGCCGGCCGAUAAAAAAAGAAAGAUGACAUCCUCGCAACUGAACGGCCGAGGUGGAGCGAUAGGCUGCGGCCCGGCGAGAGCGCCGCUCGCCGGGGUCAGCGCUUGAAUCCAGCACCGAGGCUUCGACAAACACCCGAAUGGCCUAAUGAGGGAAAGCGCAAAAAUACUCAUAAUUUACAAAAUAAGCAUGACCCGAUGUUCUACAAGAUCCGUCUUAUAAUCCACUUCUCUUCUUUUUGCGUUUAAAUAUACAUUUAUUUCAUGUUUUCUAUGUUUAUUGUGAAAGUGUAUUAAGUGUAGUAAUGCGCUUUUUUUGGAGGUGAAAGUUUUUUGUGUGAUAGUGUAAUUUUUGUGUUGUUAGCGUGUAAUUAAUUUAAGUCAGAAAGCUAGAAACAGGCCAUUAUCGGACACGGCCUGCAGCCUGCUGCGCGCGGUUUAAGUGAGCUAAACUGAGCUAGCUCAAUGAGGGGAAGCGUAUUUUUGCGAGCGAUUUUAUUUUUAUAAGGAAUCCCCAGACGUCCGUUGGUUGUGUUGCAGGAAAGGCGAUUGUUUUUUUGCGCCUCAGAUCGUCGUCAGUGUCGGCGAUCGAAACCAUGCGAAUGCUGUUCUCGGAUCUCAAUCAGGAGCUGACUUCGUAAUCUCCAUCGCAAAAUGGAUGCUGCUUGGAGUAAUUUUCUCUUCCAGAAUGCUCCCACCCAAAACCAAGUGGAGGGGAGCCUCCAAUCGGAGCUCAUGUCAGUGCAUACGAGUUCUCCACAGACCCCACCCACAGAGCACAUAGCACAGCCUCCUUCUACUGUGGACACUGCUGCUCUCAAUGAGGAACCCAUGCCUGUGAAACCAGUGUCUCGGCCAACCCGUGUGCCCCACAUCUGUGCCAUCUGCAACAAGCAGUUCAAGAACAACUACAAUCUGCGGCGGCACCAGUCUGUCCACACUGGGGUACGCAUGAAGGACAGGGCCAGAGAGCAGGUGGAGGGGGCAAAGGAGGGAGCAGCUGGCCAGGUGGUGGUGGCGGUGGCAGCCCCAUCUGCGAUGGCGGUGGGGGUUGGAGGAAGGGUGGAGAGGACCACAGUUCCCAUCUCCCUGCUGCACCUCUCCGCACCUCCUCCUCUUGCCCCUCCCGGCGUGCUGGCGGGGUCCCAGCAGCCUCCCCUGGUUAGUCAGGAUGGUGAAGGGGUUGCCAUGCCAAACAUAAUGGCUAGCGUUAACCCCCAUGUUGCACCUCCUGCUGCUGUCGUCAUGGCCACUGGGGCGACAGUACAGAGACCUGCAAAUCCCAACCCAAACCCAGUGAGAAAGAACCAUGCCUGUGAGACGUGUGGGAAAGCUUUUCGGGAUGUUUACCAUCUCAACCGCCACCGCCUGUCUCACUCAGACGAGAAACCAUUCUCCUGUCCGAUCUGCCAGCAGCGCUUCAAGAGGAAGGAUCGCAUGAGCCACCAUGUCCGAUCCCACCAGGGUGGUGUGGAAAAGCCUUACAUCUGCCCUCACUGUGGCAAGGCUUUCUCUAGGCCCGAUCAUCUCAACAGUCACGUCAGGCAGGUGCACUCCUCAGAGCGACCCUUCAAAUGCCCGACUUGUGAGUCCAGCUUUGCUACAAAGGAUCGCUUGCGUGCACAUAUGAUUCGCCAUGAGGAGAAGGUGCCCUGUCACAUCUGUGGCAAGCUUCUUUCUGCAGCUUACAUCACAGAUCACAUGAGGGUGCACAACCAGUCGCAGCACCAUGUCUGCCAUCUGUGUAACCGCAGUUUCACCACCCUGACUUAUCUUCGUGUCCAUGCCCAGAAGCACCAUGGCCAGGAGUGGAAGGACAGUCCAGCGGGCUUUGGCGGCACCACGUCUGGCGGCAUACUUGUCUGUCACUUGUGCGGUGUCCACUGCAAGACACCGACCCAGCUCCAAGGGCACAUGGGCACUCAUAACACCACCCAUGUUGCCCCGACCCCUGUCACCUCUAACGUAGCUGCUAGCAGUUCUGUCUCCCUUAGCAACAUGGUGACAGCACCCACUGUCUACGUCACUGGUAAUACGGUGGUGGAUCUGCUGGUUACAGACUGCUCUAGCAUUGCAGUACCACAGUCUCAUAGUUAGCAACGGAGAGCUCAGCAAUAAUGCACUCAAUUAAUUAACUGAGGCAAGGUUAGAGAAGGUUGAAAUUGCUCGUAGAUGCUAAUCCAGAUUCAGUUUUGGAUUGUUCCCACUUAUAGGUAAAGUUAAGCUGAAGGGUGGAGGGGAUUAACAUCAGUCACCACUCAGAGAGGAGAUCACAAUAGAAGAAAGGGGGGAAAUAAAGUAGAAAAAAAAAAAAAAGCUAUAUUUUUCUUGGUGACUUUCAAGUUAUGGAUAAAUGCACUGUUGUAGUGAAAACAGAUUCAACAACAGUAACAUUAAAAAUGGAUGUGUCAUCUGAAUAAUCCUAAAUGCUUUUGUGCAUUUAAGGCUCCAAGGAAACUGGAAUCCCAAGCAACUACUGUAUUAGUGUCCCUCUCUGCCCUUCCUUAAUCCUGACAUUGGCUGUUCUCUGCAAAUGCGCUAAGUACUGUAUAGACUCUGCAGUCACGUGACCUUUAGUGCCGACGUCACCAUUUUGGAGGGCAAAAGAGGUGCUGGAUACACUUGCUCACUGCAGAAAUAGGUCAAUUGCUAUCAGACUGUAAAUCACAAUCUGCCCUUCUCUAAAUGCAUUUAACACUUUGAUGGUGAGGCUAAGGAACAGUAUAUGGCAAAAUGUUUGGUGGUGUGAGUGCAGGAUCCACAAUAUGUGUCUGGAUAAUUUAAUGUACCGCCUU